AUGAAUCCAGAAUACGAUUAUCUUUUCAAAUUACUUUUAAUCGGUGAUAGUGGUGUAGGUAAAUCAUGUUUAUUACUUAGAUUUGCAGAUGAUACAUAUACAGAGAGUUAUAUUUCAACAAUUGGUGUUGAUUUUAAAAUUCGUACAAUUAAUUUAGAUGGUAAGAUCAUUAAAUUACAAAUCUGGGAUACUGCAGGACAAGAAAGAUUCAGAACAAUUACAUCAUCAUAUUAUCGUGGUGCACAUGGUAUCAUCGUUGUGUAUGAUGUCACUGAUCAUGUCAGUUUCAACAAUGUCAAACAAUGGAUGCAAGAAAUUCAAAGAUAUGCAUGUGAUAGUGUAACUCGUUUACUCGUUGGUAACAAAUGUGAUCUCAUUGAAAAGAAGAUCGUCGAUACCAGUACCGCCAGAGAAUAUGCCGACUCUGUUGGUAUUCCAUUUUUGGAAACAUCUGCCAAAUCAUCAGCAAAUGUAGAACAAGCAUUUAUGAUUAUGGCUAGUGAAAUUAAAAAGUUACAAGGUGGUAUUCAACCAAAUAACAACUCCACUUACAAUGCUCAUGUUGUUAAACCAACUGGUUUCACUCCAAUUGGUAAAAAGAAGAAAUGUUCAAUCAUAUAA